CAAAAAUUUUGGGGCCGGGCGCACUGUUUUCAUGUCGUCUUUUCCAGAGAUAGAGUAACGUCUUUAUCCUUAUUUCUCAGGCAGGAGGAGUUACAAAAAGGAAUCGGAGAAAACCAGCCUGCCACUGACGCGUUUCCCAGCAACCGUUUCCACAGCAACCACGCGGCCAACAACGCUAGUCAGUCCCAAGAGGAGCAGAAUAUUUUCUUCCUGAAAAGGGGCUGCCACCACAGGGUCAAGGGAGAUUAUAAAAGGGAGAGAUUUUUAGUUCCUAGAUAAGUGAGCAAGAAAAGGAAAAAGGGGUGAAAGAAGGACAUUGUGAUCGUGAGCCAAAAGUUGUGUAGUUGUUAAGGAAUUCUUUGGUGGCCAUGGACCCACCCUGCACUUCCGAGAGUAUUUAUAACCUCAUACCCAAUGACUUGAAGGAGCCGCCCCAGCCUCCUAGGUAUACAUCAGUGUUUAGAGCAUCUAUAAAAGAUGACCUGGAAAAAUUCAAAACUGCAAUGAAAACUAUGGGGCCUGCAAAAGUUGAACUACCCUCCCCAAAGGAGUUUCUAAAGAAACAUUCUAAGGAAAAAAUGCUACCACCUAAAAAAAAGUUUAAUAAGCGUCUUUCCAAGAUGCCUGCAGUGCCCUUGAGGACUGAUCAUCCAGUCAUGGGAAUACAGAGUGGGAAAAACUUCAUAAACACAAAUGCAGCUGAUGUCAUCGUGGGCGUAGCCAAAAAGCCCAAGCCAAUUUAUGUUGACAGAAGAACUGGAGAUAAGCAUGAUCUUGAAACUUCAGGACUACUCCCCAAGUACAUCAAUAAAAAGGAUUAUGGCAUCACGCCUGAAUACAUAUGUAAGCGAAAUGAGGAUGUGAAGAAAGCCCAAGAAGAGUACAAUAAUUAUAUUCAGGAGAACCUUAAGAAAGCAGCCAUGAAGAGACUUUCUGACGAAGAGAGGGAGGCCGUUCUGCAGGGGCUGAAGAAGAACUGGGAGGAGGUGCACAAAGAGUUCCAGUCCCUCUCAGUCUUCAUAGAUUCCAUACCAAAGAAGAUUCGAAAGCAGAAGCUGGAAGAAGAAAUGAAGCAGCUGGAACACGACAUCAGCAUCAUUGAGAAGCACAAGGUCAUCUACAUUGCCAACAAGUGAGUGGGUGUUGAGAACAGAACCAGAAGACAGGACAACAAACAAACACCCCAUGGAGGACAUCAAACUAAACCUACUCUUCUCAAAGAGGACUAUGAAGAAAAUAAAAAGUUUUCACUGAAAAUGUAGGCAAUGUUGAAAGAAUAAUUGGAUUAUUUGCUUGUUCUAGAGAACACUUUCUCCUCCAGUAUCACAGUGCUGCUCAUAAACAAACCAUUAAAGAUGGAAGGUGAAUGCUAGGGUCUGCAUUCUAUAAUGUCAGUUGCGGUAUUGCUGAGUACUUGUUUCACAUAAACAUUAAUUUUGGACUUUGAAACAUAAAAACAUUUAGCAACAAUAAACCCCAAAGGAACUAAUAACCAUAAUAGAAACUCAGUCUGUAUUGUAAACAAAUCAAUAGGAACCCUUUACAAACAUUCAGAACCCCAGACAUAAGGACCGGGCUGGUUCUACCUUAACUAGAGACCAAAGAACCAUGAACUAGUCAGCCUACCAAUGCUGAGUACUGUUUUCAACCAGUACUGUCUGAGCCACCAAUUACAAAUUGCUUUAACAAACCAAUCUUAACCAAGAAAGAUAAGUUUCUCAUUUACAGCCACAGUUAAGGUUAAGAUGUUUGGGUCAGUAUUUUGCUAAUGAAUUACUUACCAUGAAGAUUCAUUUUCAAAUACUUCAAAAUCAGUAGCAAUAUAAAAAUUGCUAUGAAUUCUGAUGAUUUCACCCUUAGGAAUGUUCUACUCCAAAGUCAUGAGUGGGAGUAAUCUUAAAUGAGGGUUAUGAUUGAGACAGUCUUAAAUAUUGAAGAGAUUAAAAAAACAAAAACAAAACAAACAACAACAACAAAAACAGACCUGUGGUUUUUAACAGGUUUGGGUCUAACUAAACUUUUGUAGUUGUUCAUUUAAAAAUUAUGAACAGUUUCCAUUUCCUAGAGUGUUGUCUCAGAUGAAUUUGUCACCUUGUCAUAUCCUGCCUUCCUACAGAAGUAUCUUCCACCAUGUUCAGGAAGGGUCUUCCUGCCAUGGACUCUCAACUUUUGGUAGUUGUGAUGCAAUCAUUACCCAUCCACAUGCAAUCAUGGAUACACUAUCAGACAAAGGAGGGACAGACAUCUGCCUCGGACAGUUGGCUAGUGAGUAGUCAGAAUCUUGCCCUUAACUGUGAAUUAAGAGACUCAGACUCAGAGACUAUGAUCACUGAGGAGUGCAUACCUGUUUAAAUGCCCACACUGAAUUGAAUCCCAGCCCCUUGGAUGGAGAAAUUAGGAUAGGGAACAGGGGUAGGCAUGUAAACACACAUGCAUUCACCCACACACACAGGCCUACAGGCUUAUGUCAUGGCACACAUACAGAAGACAGAGGACAACUUUCUGCAGUCAUUUAUGUUCCUCUACCAUGUGGGCCCUAAGAAUUGAACUCAUGUCAUCAGUCUUGCAGAAAGUAAUUCUGCCCACUGAGCCAUCUUGCCUGUCCGUGAGAUGGGCUUACAGCAAACCUGCAGACCUUCCAAUCAGUAUCUUUUUCACACCAUUACUGACUUGAGCUUUUCUUUCUUUUUGAAAUGUUUACACUGAGUAACUUAGAAAGUUUUGCCAAACAUUGGCAAGUUAUUAGAGAGAUCAUCAUCCACAUGUGCAGACUUGGAAGAUUAACCAGUCUGUGCUAAUCUGAGGACUUGUACUGUAUACUUUAGGCAGGUCUCUUAAUGCAACCACUUCUUCCUAUCCUGGGAAGUUCUACUGAUGGUAUGUGAAUGAGCUCAGGGAACAUUCAGGGCAGAGGAUGCACUUAGUUGCGGGCAUGAGUCUGUCUGACACCAGGGCCUGAACUUUUCAGCACUAUGUGAACCUCUGCUUGAGUAUGAACUUGUUAGUAGCAAUUAAAAACAAAACAAAAAACAAAAAACCUUUCUCAAAGUCUGAUUCAGGCCAUAGGAAUAAAGCUAACUGAUCACUAAUACAUGUUGUGAUAUUGCUCAUUAAUUUAUUCAGUUAAAGAACGUAUUACAUUUAUUUAUUGUAUAUAUGUGAGAGAGUAUGUACAUACAUAUGUAUGUGCCAUGAUUUGUAUAUGGAGAUCAGGAGACAACAGUAGGAGUUAGUUCUCCCCUCAUGAGGAUCCUGAGGCCUGAACUCAAGCCAUCAGCCUCAGCUGCACAUACCUUUAAACUGAGCCAUCUCAUUGGCCUUCAAUAAAGAUUUUUUGAGAACCUUCUAUUUAGUAACUAUCUUCAGAUUCUAAAAGAUACAGAUGAAAAGAGCCUUCAGAAGGCUCCAGUUUCAUGGAAAAUGAGCAAAUAUCCAGAUACUUAGAACACAGGAGGAUCAAUAUCUUACCAAGUUGUAAAGAUGUGACAGACAGACUUACAGGCAAUGAGAAGGAAAAACAUCACUUUCUACAGAAGGAACCAUGUACUUACAGAUUUGCAAGAAGGACUGUCUUAGUAUUCUAUUGUGUGAAGAGACACCAUGAACAUGGCAACUUUUAUAAAGGCAAACAUUUAAUUGGGGCUGGCUUACAGUUUCAGAGGUUUAAUCCAUUGCCAUCAUGGCAGGGGGCAUGGCAGCACACAGGUAGACAUGGUGCAGAGAUGUCUCUGAGAGUUCUUCAUUUGGAUCCUGAUCCACAGACAGCAGAAGAAAGAGACACUGGGCCUAGCUUGAACUUUUGAAACACCAAGCCCACCCUCGUGACACAUUUCCUCCAACAAGGCCACACCUCCUAACUGUGUCAAGUAGUUCCACUUCCUGAUAACCAUGCAUUCAAAUCUGUGAGCCUAUGGAGGCCAUUCUUAUUGAAACCAACACAAGGACUCUCCAUCACAGUGGCAUGAAACUGGCAGUAUUUUAAGCACUCAAGCUGGAGUCUAAAGCUAAGUGUCUGACCACAUCAAAUCCUGGUUCUUCUCAAUAGUCUUAGAACAGAAAUCAGAUCCACUGAGAUAAUGCUGUGUAUUAAGUCUCAAACCAGGACAAAGGCUGAAGUGCCCAUUAACAUAUCAAAGCAGACUUGGCCUCCAAAUUCUCCUUGCAUCCCUCAGUCUCUACCUGUUACAGAACCCUGUAACACACACACACACACACACACACACACACACACACUUUUUUUAAAAAGCAUUUUGAUAACUGAUAUUAGUGAAUCAGUGCAAUUCCAGAUGUGAUCUGUCUGCGGACACCAUGAACUGUUAUCAGGUGCUCAUCUUGCACAAGAACUGAAUCAUCACCUGAACAUCUUUAAGAAAUACUCCCCAUCUAAACAAAUCCAUCUGAUGGACGAGAAGGAAAGUCAUCACCCAAAGGUUAUUUAGGAUAGGGUAAAGUUGUUUAAAAAUAUUUUAUCACAACCCCUUUACCUAACAUAGCACACUCAUUGUCAUUCAGUAACAGUUACAUACCAGGAAACAUCGUAUUUCCUGGGACUACACAAAUUUCUUUAAAAAAAAAAAAGCAGUGUUGGAAAGAAAUAGUCAAUAAUCACAGAAGUGCCUUUAUACUUAAGAACUUAGUACUUUAAAAGGAAAAUAAAGGAAUAGAAUGGUAUGCAAGAAAAUAGUAAGGUCCUAUAUCAGAUUUUGUAGGAUCCAGCAUUAUUGGUUAAAUUGAAAAAUUAGCAGAACUUGGGAGAUGAGAGGAAGCAAAGGUUUCAAGGAAAAAACAUUCUGAGCAGAGAAGAUAAAAUGUGUGACAAAAGCAGGAAGCUACUGUGGCUAGGCGGGGCUUCGGCAAAAUAGCCCACCUGAAGAGAGAAACAGGCCCAGAAUGUUUUAUGGGCAGACCUCAGAAAAUUACAUGAGUUCUGUGGGUCUCCAGAUGGAGAAAACAGUGGCACAGACCAAGGUCUCAGCAGCAAAAA